AUGAGUACCUACAGUUCAAAUGGAACCCUAACACACAAGAGUGGCACGCUACGUUAUACCCUCCACCAAACUGCAAGUGAAACAUUAUUAAAAGGAGGCAUUCAGGCAGCCGUGGUAUGUCCUGAUGGUGUUGAUCCCAAUGAGUGGAUUGCAGUACACACAAUUGAUUUCUAUAAUGAUAUUAUAAUGAUAUACAACUCUGUAAAGGAGGAGUGCACGGUAUAUUCUUGUCCUGUGAUGUCUGCCGGAAAAGUAUACGAAUUUCUUUGGACGGACAAGUAUAAGUACAGGAAGCCUACCAGACUUCCUGCCCAUACAUACAUCGAAUACCUUGUUAGUUGGGUAUUGGGCCUUUUGCAAGAUGAUAGUCUCUUUCCCACAGAGCCAAAUGUUCCAUUUCCUCGUGAUUAUUUGGACAAAGUGAAAAAUAUAUUCCGCCGAAUACUCCGCGUAUACGAGCACAUUUACUACAGCCAUAUUUCGCUCCUCCGUCAUCUCAGUCUUCUUGAUCAGUUCCAGUUCAGUCUUUGUCAUUUCAUUUUCUUUGCCGACCAAUUCGACCUCGUUACAUCGCAGAACUUCCGCCCUCUCCAAGACUUCCUCAACCAAUUCGCACCAAAUCUCCGCUGUUUUUGGAAUUCCAAAAAUCCUCACUUUUAG